AUGUCUGAUAAGCCUUCAUCCAAGAAACGAAAAGCCAACGCGCAGGCGCGGCCACGACCUUCACCUAUCAGACCGGAUCCUAAGAAGGCGACUCUACUCGCGUUCAUCUCUCAUAUGUUCUGGGAACAAUGCCUCGAGAUCGACGGUAGUGAGGAUGACAUCCGAAGCUUCACGUCGAUCCUGCAGUACGCGAUCGACCUUCACCCUGAGGCGCGGCCUGAGUGGCAAUGUCUUCUCGGUCAGCUUCUAGUUGCAGGAUCUGCUAGGGUGGGCGGAAUCAGUGAUAUCAAGCGAGCUAUUCGUAUUCUCUGCCCUAUCAGAAAGCUUACGGGACACUACCGACGUAUGCGGCUCGGCCUUCUUGGCCAGUGCUUUGCCACCCGCUUUAGACACUCAGGAGGUCAGGUUCUUGAUCUGCAAGUCGCGAUAGCCUACUACGAGCGCGCUAUCGACAUGAAUCCCGUCAACAUGCAUAUGAACUUAGAUCUGUUGACCAACCUCUGCAUCUCGUUAUUCCAUCGCUCUCAGCUCCUAGGAGACCCCGCGGACAUAGACCGUGCCAUUGCAACCAUGUGGGAACUCAUCGUACCGUUGCCCAGCAGCGAUCACAGGCUUCCGCAAAUGCUUGACAUCACCAGUGGACUGCUGCUUGGUCGCUUCGAUCUUCUCGGGCGUCUCGCCGACCUGGAGAGCGCGCUCCACACGAUUCAUCGAGCCAUAGAUAUAACCCCCGAUGAUCAGCCCUACAAACCAUUUCUUCUCGCCAACUUGGGCAUGACUUUGACUAGUCGCUUCGAGCGCCUCGGUGACCCGCAAGACCUCGACAGCGCUAUCAUCACCUUGGAGAGAUUGGUUAAGCUCAUCCCGGAUGGCCAUUCGCUGAAGCCUGGCGCUCGACUGGACCUUGGCAACUGCUUUAUGAAGCGCUGCUUGAGAAUAUGGGGCCUUGACCGCGAAUCAGGUCGUAUGUGGGAUUCUAAGCCUCCCAUGAGUCCCGAGGAGGCUAAACGCUUCUUCGAUUCGAGAUCUAAAGCCCAUCAGGACAUGUUGGAACGCUUGCGCGAGAGCGGUGUUGUUUCGGACCUUGACAGAGCACAGUCUUUGUACGAACUCGCUAUCGAGCAGUUCGCUGAUGACUCUAUCUACAAGCAUGGUGCAAUCGCGAACCGCGCCACCUGCCUGAUGCGGCGCUUCGAGUUGUUCGGAGGCUAUGAUGACUUGGAACAUGCGAUCUCUACCUGCCGGCGCGCGCUCGAGCUUGCGAAGCUUCACGACAUGCACAAGGCGCAGUGCAACGGCAUUCUAGGAAGCCUGCUCUACCACCGGGCUGUGAAAACACACAACAUCUUAGAUCUUCGGAUGUCCAUCAUAACCCUGCGGACCGCCGUACAGACGGCGUGCACUGGCCAAUUCCCACAUACUCACAUUCUCCUUCAUCUUAGCACCAGUCUAUGUGCGCUACUCCUUUGGGAAAGGAGCCAGAAGAACUUCGACUAUCUUGUGCAAUGCCUCACUGACAUCAUGCACCACAAGGACGGCGAUCCUGAGAUGCGCUUGUACGCCGCGGAAAAGUUCAUGGACAUGCAUUCACUGGCUCCUGAGUUCAGCACUCCCGAUACCGUGCUACUCACUUACUCGCUUACGAUUGACCUUCUGCCCGAAAUCGUCUGGCUAGGUCGCGAUCCCCAGAAACGGUACAAGGAAUCAGCAAGAUUCGGGAAACUCGUCACGUCGGCGAUCGCCUUCGCUAUAAAGACACGGUCUCUUUCGCUCUGCGUGGAGUGGCUAGAAUCGGGACGAGCUCUCAUUUGGUCGCAGGUUCUGUCUUUACAAACUCCUCUUAACAAUCUGGCGCGCCUGCAUCCCGAGCUCGCUGCAGAUCUGACAAGAGCAAGGGACGAUCUGCGACGCUUACAGUACGACGACCCAUUCGAUCUACGCCCACGCUCGCGUGUCGACGGCGCCGCCUACGGAGUCCCCGGUAUCGCUGCGGACGAGGUCGGCGAACAAUACCGCAGGACGGCUCUUCGCUACGAAGAAGUCUUGAAGGAGAUCCGGCAACUGGAAGGGUUCGAAAGCUUCCUACUGCAAAAGAAGUUCCCGGAUAUCAUGGCUUCCCUCAAGCAAUCCAAGGUGGACGGUCCUGUCAUAUUCCUCAACGUCGUCGAAUCCCAAUGCGAUGCUGUCGUCGUAUCUCCUGAGGGUCACGUUCGCCACAUACCGCUGCCACGUGUCACGGAGCAAGGCGCAAACAAGCUAUAUUCAAUGUGGAAGAGUGGCAUCGAGGCUCACAGAACAAGCGUUCGUGCUACGUCGUAUCGCAGUCAGCCUAUGCAGGGAGCCUCGGACUCGUUCGUGCACCUCCUCGAGCGUAUCUGGACUUUGGUCGUGAAACCCAUUCUGCAAGAAUUGGGGCUGCUGUCCCCUACACGGUCAGGCAAGCUAUUGCCGCACGUAACCUGGUGCCCAACUGGACCGCUCGCACAACUACCGUUGCAUGCCGCUGGAGUCUAUGGUCCGUCCCCGCAACUAGGACAACGCGUCUUUGACUACGUGGUGUCGUCCUACGCGCCAUCCCUAACGGCCCUGUUACGAUGCUACCAAUCGGGCGCCGAGCGUCGUGCGUCGCCAAGCAUACUCAUCCUGACGCAGCCGGCGACGCCGGGACAAGCUCGUCUUCCUGGGACUAGGGAUGAGGGUCUUCGCAUCCGCAAGGUGCUAUCUGAGCACCCGUGUACCAUUCUCGAGCACAUGCAGGCCACCGUCCGGGCUACCCUUGCCGUCCUCGAUCAGCAUCCGUGGGUGCACUUUGCAUGCCAUGCAUCGCAGAACACGAAGAACCCCACAGAGAGCGCGUUCGAGCUCUUCGACGGGCCUUUGACCUUGUCCGCGCUCAUGAGCAAAGCUUCGGGGGAGGCAGAGUUGGCGUUUCUCUCCGCGUGUCAGACGGCCACGGGCGACAAGAACAUCCCCGAGGAGUCCGCUCAUCUCGCGGCUGGGAUGCUCUCGGUCGGGUUCAAGGGCGUCGUCGCGACGAUGUGGUCCAUCUGGGACGCAGACGCGCCGGUCGUGGUCGAGGCGUACUAUCAGGAGCUGGUCGCACUGCGGAGGGCGAAUGUUAAUGGUAGGGGAGGAACUGGUGCGGCUUAUGCCCUCCAUGCAGCGGUGAAGACGUUGCGGGAUAAGAUUGGCGAGAACAGCUUCGAGCGCUGGGUUCCGUUUGUACACUUCGGCGCGUAG